AUGAUCAGUCUGCGGUACCAAUCCGAUUCCUUGACAUUCUUCUACUUUAACGCGGCCAAUUUCAGCAACAUUUCCCCUCGGCCAUGGGAGGGGGCAUAUCACACUUCGGAGCUCCCGCUGGUCUUUGGAACCUGGCAGGACUAUGGAGGUCCGGGUACCAGCUUUGAGGCGGCUGUAUCCGCACACUGGCAAGAUCUGUACCUGGCAUUCAUAAAAGAUCCCGUGCAUGGCUUACCUCGCUUGGGAUGGCCACCAUAUAACCCGAACGGCUCGGCUAAUUUGAUGGCUGCAAAUGAGAAAGCAGCUCAACUGAUGUCCAUAACCAAGCUAACGAAGGAAUGUGCCGGCAUCCCGGAAACUUAUGAUUAG